GAUCCAUGCCCUGGGGGCAUAUUUUGAGGAGCCGACGUUUUCAAGUAUUUUUUUUUUUAUCCUGACGGAUUGAGCUGGUGUGGAAAGAUGAAACUUGGUGCAUAACUAUCUAUUGGAAUGCUGCAGAAAACAUCAGACUUUGGAAGUAAAUACCCCGGGGGCACAAAUUUCAAGGGGAGAUGUUUUCAAUUAAUUUUUUUUGCAUUAUUAGACCGAUGAACAUGGAAAACUGAAACUUUGCAUGAAUGCGACAACUGAGACACAAGGAGUUAAAUAAAAACAUUUAGUCUCGAUAAAUCCCCUGGGAGGAUUUUUCCGAGGAGCGAUGCUUCGAAAAAGAAAAUUGUAUUGGCGAAUUGGACAGAAAUGGAAAGGGUAUAUAAGGCGGCUUCUGCCAUCAGUUGGCAGCCAUGGCUCCGAUCGAAGGAGCAACUCUUCGCCCCAUUGUCUACUACGAGUUCCUCCAAGGACACUCUGCGAGAGCCGCCGCGGACAACAUCUGCAUUCAAGGGCAACGUUGUCCACUAUUCCACGGUGUCUCGAUGGUUGAAACCAUCUGGCGACACGACCUUCGGAGAUCGACCACGCUCGGGACGUCCAUCUACGGUCGAUGACGAAGCGCUGCGGAAUGCCCUCAACGCGAAGCCGAACGCCACCACUCGCGAAUCCGCGACUACACUUGGAGUCACCCGUAAUGGAGCGCCGAAGGCCCGACUAUAG